AUAUUUAAUAUGGCCUCCAUGUAUCUUGCAGAUUAUUCAAGAUAAUGCAGUUAUCGAACUUGUAUCGUCGAACGAAGCGAAUUCAGAAAAGAAUCUGAUCGGUGAAGUGUUUUCAGCUGCGUCUGUCGGUGCAGCCGCGGUGCCUGAACAAAUUUUGAUCGAUGUUCAAACGGCAGCCUCGCCAAUACAGCAAAUACCCGUGGCCAACAUUAUUGAAAAGAAAGAGGAGGCGAAAGCCGAGAAGAAAUCUCCUGAGAUCGAAAGCAAGCACGAAAGCGACUUGAUUGAGGAGCAAUGCGACAUGACAGGUUUGAUACGCUUCUUAGAUAUGCCCGACUGUGAACGCUACGCUAUGCGAGCCCCAAGUAAUUGCAGCUCGAAUUUUGCAGCUUCCAUGAUUCAGAAGAUUCGAAUCACAACGGAGGAAGAGGCCAAGGCGGCAUUGGCAGAGCGUCGGAGACUCGCUCGCGAACAGGCCGAGAGAGAAGCCGAGCUCGAAAGACAACGAUUGGAAGAGGAGGCUCGUUUAGAGGCGGAAAGAUUACAAACCGAGGAGGAGGAGCAACGUCGUCUCGAGGAAGAGACGCUCCGUUUAGCCGAGGAGGCCCGUGCGGCGGAGGAGCAGAGACUGCAGUUGGCUAUUGAAGAGGCAAAAAAGCGCGAGGAAGAGGAUAGAAAGCGCAGGGAAGAAGAAGCACGACAGAAAUUGGAGAAAGAAGAGGCUGAACGGAAAGCUAGAGAAGAAGCCGAGAAGCAACGACUGGAAAUGGUCGAACGUCUCAAAAAAGAGGAGGAAGAAAGAAAUGCCAGACGCAAACGCGUUGAAGCUAUAAUGUCUAGGACUCGAGCCAAAUGCCAACCUAACAUUGCAAAGGUGAAUUUAAUAAAUUUUCUAUUAGUUGAAGUACAACACUAG